AUGGAGAGGUAUGGUUACGCUUGGUUUCUUGACAAGAUCGAUUGGAAUACGCUUACCUUCCGCCAACCUUAUGCACCUUACAUGAUGUUCAACAACCCAUCGAUGCAGAAUGUGUAUCGCGCUCGAUACCACCAAGUGCGAGACGUACGAAUCGACUUCAUUCGAGUGAAUAGGGCGUACCAGUGGAUGCUUGAAUUCAGUUCUAUUCCAAAGUGCCUUGACCUCCUAGAAAAUUACCUUCGAGAGCUGUGUCUGUGCGCCUUUCGCAAGGACGUUUUCUUCCACGUUAAGUCAGCUCUGAGGCCAGAGUGUCUUGAAUCUGCGUUGUCAGGAGAGAUUCCCCUGUGUUACGAUAGUGUUAAUAACGCCAUGCUGAAGGAUCACCAGCCCCUUCAGCUUGCACAGGGAAAUCGACUGGCGGUAAAGGAUACACCCCUUUCAUCCGUCCCUCUUUCGGUGAACGAGGAGACCCCUGUCGGGUGGAAGGAGGUACCCCUACAUUUCUAUGGAUUCAUUCACUUUCGAUGA